AUGGGACAAGAAUCGUUUAUCUACAGCUUCGUCGCCAGAGGCACUAUGGUUCUCGCAGAGUUCACAUGUAACUUCCCGUCGAUAGCAGCUCAAUGUCUCCAGAAGCUUCCUUCCUCCAGCAACAGCAAGUUCACUUCCUACUGCGAUCACCAUACUUUCAACUUCCUCGUUGAAGAUGGCUUCGGGAUGGCAUUGAUGUUUGAGCUGGUUGUUACACCUGUAGCGCCUCUAAGUCAGCAGGUAAUGGCUGAUUCCAGGAUUCCAUAUGCCAUCAUCUAG